UUGGAGGCCUGGGAGGAGUUUAAGGCAGGAGAAGGGAUCCUUGCAGUGAAGGGCAGGGCUUUGGGAGCAGAGGCGGUCAGAGUGCUGGAGCCUGGCCCUGGGGGUGAUUGGAGGAAAGGGCUCAUCAUGAGGACCUCAGGGGCUGGAUCGGGAGGUGCUCUUGGGACUAGGAAGAGCCUUCCGGAGCGGGCUGGCGGGAAGCCGGAAGUCUUUGAGCUGAGAUCCCUCUGCCUUCCAGAAGCCAGCUCUGUGCUUGCAGAUCCCAGGAUUGGAGAGAAAAUGGCUCCUGGGAGCAGCAGACCCCUGGCCCAGGAGACAGUGACGUUCAAGGAUGUGGCUGUGGACUUCACCCAGGAGGAGUGGGGCCUCUUGGACCCUCCUCAGAAGGAGCUGUACAAGGAGGUCAUGCUGGAGAAUGCUCGACACCUGCUCUCCCUGGGGCUUCCUGUUCCCAGAGAAGAUGUGAUCUCUUAUUUUGAGCAAAGGGAAACACCAUGGAUGCUGGAGCAAGAAGGCCGGAAGCGCCGCUGUCCAGGAAAGAUCAGGCUUGAAAUAAAAGAGGCUCCUGCACAGACAAGCUUUUCUGUGGAAGAAACUCAGCAGCAAAGAUGCAUGAAUAAUGGUCCCUCUGACUUUGCUGGGAGAGAAAUCUGUGCUGUAAAGGAGGGAAUCCACCCUGGGGAGGUAACUUUUGAAUGUAAUCAGUGUGGAAAGACUUUCCUAUCUAGGUUCCGUCUUGUUAACCAUCAGAGAAUCCACACUGGAGAGGUAAAUAUUGAAUGUAAUCAGUGUGGAAAGACUUUCCUAUCUAGGUUCAGUCUUGUUAACCAUCAGAGAAUCCACACUGGAGAGAAACCUUUUGAAUGUAAUCAAUGUGGAAAGAGUUUCACAUGGAAGUCCCUUCUUGUUAUACAUCAGAGAAUCCACACUGGAGAGAAACCUUUUGAAUGUAAUCACUGUGGAAAGACUUUCCCAAUGAGGUCCAAGCUCAUUAAACAUCAGAGAAUCCACACUGGAGAGAAACCUUAUGAAUGUAAUCAGUGUCGAAAGACAUUCAGAAACAGAGAAAACUUGACUGAACAUCAGAGAAUCCACACUGGAGAGAAACCUUAUGUAUGUAGUCAGUGUGGAAAGGCAUUCAGAAUGAGACAUAUAUUCACAAAACAUCAGAGAAUGCACUCUGGGGAGAAACCUUAUGAAUGUAAUCAGUGUGGAAAGAUUUGCAAAUGGAAGUCUGAGCUUGUUAGACAUCAGAGCUCCCACACUGGAGAAAAAGCUUUUGAAUGUAAUCAGUGUGGAAAGUCUUUCAAAUGGAAACCAAGUCUUGUUAGACAUCAGAGAAUCCACACUGGAGAGAAACCUUAUCAAUGUAAUCAGUGUGGAAAGGCAUUCACAAUUAGAUACAUGUUCAUUGAACAUCAGAGAACCCACUCUGGGGAGAAACCUCAUGAAUGUAACCUGUGUGGAAAGGCUUUCAUAUGGAGGUCUGCCCUUUUUAGACAUCAGAGAAUCCACACUGGAGAGAAACCUUAUGAAUGUAUUCAGUGUGGAAAGACAUUCACAUACAAGACCAAUCUUCUUAACCAUCAGACUAUCCACGCUGGAGAGAAACCUUAUGAAUGUAAUCAAUGUGGGAAGACAUUCAGAAUGAGAAAGCUGUUCACUGAACAUCAGAAAAUCCAUACAGGGGAGCGACCUCAUGAAUGUAAUCAGUGCGCAAAGACUUUCAUAUCGAGGUCUACGCUUUUUAGACAUCAGAGAAUCCACACUGGAGAGAAACCUCAUGAAUGUAAUCAGUGUGGAAAGACUUUCAUGACGAAGUCUGAGCUUUUUAAACAUCAGAGAGUCCACACUGGAGAGAAACCUUAUGAAUGUAAUCAGUGUGGAAAGACAUUCAGCAACAAAGAGAACUUGACUGAACAUCAGAGAAACCACACUGGAGAGAGAGCUUUUGAAUGUAAUCAUUGUGGAAAGACUUUCACGUGGAUGUCCAGGCUUGUUAGACAUCAGAGAAUCCACACUGGGGAGAAACCUUUUGAAUGUAAUAAGUGUGGAAAGACUUUCACAUGGAAGUCCAGUCUUGUUAAACAUCAGGGAAUCCACACUGGAGAAAAACCUUAUGAAUGUAAUCAGUGUGGAAAGGCAUUCAGAAUCAGACAGGCAUUCACUGCACAUCAGACAAUCCACACUGGGGAGAAACCUUAUCAAUGUAACCAGUGUGGAAAGGCAUUCAGGAUCAGACGGAUGUUCAAUGAACACCAGAGAAUCCACUCUAGAGAAAAAAUUCAUGAAUGUAACCAGUGUGGAAAGACUUUCACAUGGAGGUCUCAGCUUGUUACACAUCAGAGAAUCCACACUGGAGAGAAACCUUACGAAUGUAAUCAUUGUGGAAAGACUUUCAUAUCGAGAUCUCAGCUUGUUACACAUCAGAGAAUCCACACUGGAGAGAAACCUUAUGAAUGUAUUCAGUGUGGAAAGGCAUUCACAAUCAAGUCCAAUCUUCUUAACCAUCAGACUAUCCAUUCUGGAGAAAAACCUUAUGAAUGUAAUCAGUGUGGAAAGACAUUCAGAAUCAGACAGAACUUCACUGAACAUCAGAGAAUCCACACUGGAGAGAAACCUUUUGAAUGUAAUCAAUGUGGAAAGACUUUUGCAUGGAAGUUCCUUCUUGUUACACAUCAGAGAAUCCACACUGGAGAGAAACCUUAUGAAUGUGAUCAGUGUGGAAAGACUUUUGCAUGGAAGUCCAGUCUUGUUAAACAUCAGAGAACCCACACUGGAGAGAAAGUUUCUGAAUGUAAUUAGUGUGGAAUGACUUUCAGAAUCAGACAGAACUUCACUGAACAUUAGAGAAUCCACACUGGAGAGAAAUCUUUUGAAUGUAAUCAAUGUGGAAAGACUUUUGCAUGGAAGUUGCUUCUUAUUACACAGAGAAUCCACACUGGAGAGAAACCUCAGGAAUGUAAACAGUGUGGAAAGGCUGUCAUAUCGAGGUGAGCUUGUUAGACAUCAGAGAACCCACACUGGAAAGAAAGCUUUUAAAUGUAGCUAGUGUGGAAAGACUUUUAAAUGGAAGUCCUGUCUUGUUAAACAUCAGAGAAACCACACUGGAGAGAAACCUUAGGAAUGUAUUCAGUGUGGAAAGACUUUCACAUCAAGUUCUAAUCUUGCUGAACAUCAGAGAAGCCACACUGGAGAGACCUUUUAAAUGUAAUCAGUGUUGAAAGACUUUCACAUGGAGGUGCUAUCUUGCAAGAUAUGAGAAUCCACAAUUCAGAGAAAUCUUUUCAAUGUAAUCAAUGUGUAAAGACAUGCAGAAUAAGAUAUAAUCUCAUACUACAUCAGAGAAUCCAUACUGUAGAGAAAUCUUAUGUAAUAACCGUGGGAAAGUUACACAGAAGAACAAUCUUAAUUUACAUCAGAAUCUACACUGGGGAGGAACCUCGUGAAUGCAAUCACUGUGGGAAAGCCUUCAGUGUAAAGUGAAGGGGGGGGGCGCCCUCCCCCCCCCAUUCCUCAUCAGAGAAUUCAUAAGAGAUAGGAAGGCCUUCAGUCAGAGUCCAUCUCUUAUCUUCUCAUGAGAGGAAUCAUACUGGAAAGAAACCUUGUCGAUGUGCUCAUUGGGGACAUGCUUAUUUUCUGGAACAUUGAGGUUGUUGGUAAAGGUUAAAUUUUUUGUCAUAUUGUAACAGAAUGGUGAAACAAAGGAAGAUAAUGCAUGCCAAACCUCCAGCUUGCAAAACAAACAAAAAAGGAGGCAACAGGGUCAUGAACUGCAGGAUUGUGUGAAAGAAGACAUCUGAAUGUUCUCAGAAAUAGAAUGUCUUCGAUUUGUGUCAGUAUUAUGUCAACUGGGGAACAAUGUUUGGAGAGGGGAAGAUAUCAGCAUUAUUUGACCAUGCCCUACUAGUAAAUAUUGGGGAAAAUAAGUCCAAAGCAGCUGUAGAGACAGAUGUGACAUUACUAAAAGGGUCCAAACAGCCUUCAGUGGCUUUACAAUAUAACCAACUCCAGUGGUUGAUUAGAGAAACUGAAGCUUAGGGAUUUGAAAGGAACCUGUGUGAGUUCUCUAAAAAGGUUCAAGACUAAAUCCAAGAAGUCCUUCAGUGUCCUUAGUAUCCAAACCCUUUAAAAAUGAGAGAAAUUUUUUUAAACCUCAAAAAUCCUAAGAGAGCUGGAGGGGAAACUGAUACCUAAAAAGUACAAGGGAAUAGUGUGAGUUCAUCUAAAGGGUUCUAGGCUUAGAGUACUUGCCCUACUAGUGAAUAUUGUAGAAAAUGUGAUUGAAAUAAAGUGAAAAACAACAUUCUUUACUCUGUGUUC